AUGACAGCCUCACCCAUCCUUAACCUCCCGGAGGAUAUCCUCGUCCUCCUUCCGAACUACCUCGACAACAUCGAAGACUACACCAACUUCUCCUCCACCUGCCGUGACCUUCGCCGUGUGCUCUCGAAUCCGCACCCGAACACUAUUCUUCACCUGGCCGCCGCUCAGUCUCGCAUUUUCUUCCGGCCAUCACCCAUCUUUCUGGCUACGGCUACCGCUCGCGAGCUCGGACACUGGGCCCGCCUGUCGCCCGCCAACGAAGCACUUCUCGCCACAGCCUGUCGAAACGGAGCUGAAGGUUUGCUCGAUCUGGCUCUCCAACAUGUGGGCCUCACACUUCCUCGAAUUCGCCAACUCCAUGCUCUUCGCUUCUCCGUCAUCAACCCCGUCGUCGAUUUGAUCGACAAAUGCGUCGGUGAUCAAUGGUAUGCCACUCCCGAUUUCUGGGACGGAGGCGCUUCUGAUGCAUACACCAUCGACUCGGAGCCCGGACACACCUUCUUCCACCUCGCCAUGUACGGCGAGCUCUUCGGCCCGGACAUCGAGACGCUGUUGAAUCGUGACUCUUCGAAGCGCAGAUUGUCCGUCGAUACGAGGCUAGAGUUUGUCAAAUACUGCAUCCCGGAGCCUUAUACCGGCAUGAUCACAUCCACCACCAGCCCCGGUCUACAUCAAAUCAUCGACCCAAGACGUCGAGUCGAGCUCGUCGGGCCCUAUGCGAAAGGUGACAAGGGGUCUCAUCCGGACUAUCCCAAGCAGAACAACCUCGCUUUGACCUGGACCAUUCGCAGUCGUAAGUUCAAUGCGCCGCUGAAAGCUUUGCGACACGCCGCUGGAUCCGACUUUCAGGCGAAUUUCGACGAUGGCUGUGGUGAGAAGCGCAACUGGCGGCAAAGAAUGUGGGAGAACAUGCUGGUAUGUCAGGGACUGGAUGGUCUGGGCAUGCUGCGGGAGGAUCUACGUGACGAGUGGGUGGAGACGGUGAGGAGCUGGCGGGAGAGAAUUGCCGCGAUGGAGAAGGAGCCGGAAGUGGUGAUUAUUGGAAGGCAGGGAACUAUGGAGUACCCAUUCUUGCUGGGCGAUCUCCGGAGUUGCAUGAGUGGCUACGUGCCUGGAACGUGA